AGGGCAUUAUUGUACACCAGAAAAAUAUCUAAACCUGAUUCAGCUGGCAGCCUAAGAGCAGGAGUAAGACUGCCAUAUACCAUCGUCAUCAUCGUCUUCAAUUCUUAUGGUUCUCUCUUCCGCGAUCAUUUCGGGUCGUCUACUUGUGUAUGUCUGAGAGAUCGAGGCAAAGAAAGUGGAAGAGCGCGCGAGAGAGAAAGACGCAGAAAUUAUUAGCACAAUCACUUAAAUUUAGUAUAUAUGGAUCGCUCACGUUGUUUUGGGACUCAUUAUUUUUUUCUCUCCUAUUGCUCUUUCAUAUUCUUCUUCUUCACCCUCGCCUUGUUCCGCAAUGCCGCGUCGUUUAACCUCACCACCACACCGUUCGACAACGCCUAUUCUCCUUUGUUCGGCGACGGCAACGUCGUUCGCUCCCCUGACGGCUAUGGCGUCCGUCUCCUCCUCGAUCGCUUCACUGGUUCGGGUUUCAUCUCCUCCAGCAUGUACCAGUACGGAUUAUUCAGCGCAAAUAUCAAAUUGCCUUCGGAUUAUACAGCUGGCGUUUGCGUCGCCUUUUACACAUCGAACGGUGGAUUAUUCGAGAAGACUCACGACGAGUUGGAUUUCGAAUUCUUAGGCAAUAUUGCAGGAAAGCCAUGGAGGUUUCAGACGAACUUGUACGGCAACGGAAGCACUCAUCGUGGCCGCGAGGAGCGAUACCGUCUCUGGUUUGACCCGACCAAAGAGUUUCACAGAUACAGCAUUCUUUGGACCCCAAACAACAUCAUAUUUUACAUUGACGAAGUACCAGUAAGAGAAGUACAAAGAAGUGAGGAAAUGGGUGGUGAUUACCCAUCAAAGCCAAUGUCCCUAUAUGCGACCAUAUGGGAUGCUUCAAAUUGGGCCACGUCAGGGGGUAAAUACAAAGUGAACUACAAGUACGCUCCAUUUGUAUCAGAGUUCAAGGACCUCGUCAUUGACGGUUGCUCCGUCGACCCCAUCCAACAAGUCGCCGCCGAUUCUUGCUUCAACCGGCACGCCCAGCUCGAAGCCCGUGACUAUGCUGUGAUAACUCCGACUCAUCGCCGUGCCAUGCGGAGGUUCCGAGAGCGUUACAUGUACUACUCAUACUGCUAUGAUACGGUGAGGUACCCUGUGGCACCGCCGGAGUGUGUUGUUAUACCCUCAGAGAGACAGAGGUUUAAGGAAACGGGAAGGUUGAGGUUUGGCGGCAGCCACCGUUCGCGGCGCUCCAGGCGGGGAGGCCGUACUUCGACGCCGGUGGAUGAGAAUGAACAGGCUGAUAUGAGAUGAUUGAUGUUCAGAUGCAAUGCAAGUGCAGAGAGUCAAUUAAACUUUUCAUUUAUUAAUUAAUAAAAAUAAAUAAAUGAGUUAAUUAUAAAAAAAUGGCAAUAAAAUUUCUUUAAAAUAUAUAAAUAAUAAUUUAAUAUCUUAAAAUAUUAUAAUUUUUUGAAAGUCUUAAAAAUUUUUUUGUCAUUAAUGAAUUUAUGUAAAUGAUCAAAUUGUUCUUAUUAAAAAUAAAUGAUUUAAAAUUUUUUCUUAUAUUCACAAUUUUUGUUUUUAAAUUUGUAAUAAUGCAAUAGCAAAUUACAAUUUUAUAAGUUAAAUUUUUUAUUUAAUAUUGCAUUAUUGUGAAUAUAAGAAAAAAAGUUGUGAAUAUAAGAAGAAAAGUUAUGAAUUAUUUAUUUUUAAUAAGGAUAAUUUAGUAAUUUAGAUAAAUUGAUUAAUGAUAGAGAAGUUUUAAAAAUUUUAAAAAAAUUAUGAUAUUUUGAGAGAUUAAAUUAUUAUUUAUAUAUUUUAAAAAAAUUUUAUUAUCAUUUUUUCUUAAUUAUAUCUUGUCAUAUAUUUUCACAUUUUAUAAUUUAUGUGUUGAGAAUAGUUUGUGCAUAUUUGUGUAUGGCAGGGUUUUCUUUUCUUUGUUGAUAAAUGUUUUUUAAAAUUUUAUCCAGAGCCUGGGACUGAAUUAUUUUAAUAUAGUUGGAAAUUUCAUCCAUUUCAUCAUGACCCCAGUUUGAAAUUUUCGUACAGUCAAGAGUAAUAUGCAAUAGAAUUUGAGUUGGUGGGACUAUUUAAAAUUUAAAAUAUUAUUAAAAAGGAGACAAAAUGAAAUGAAAUAAAACUAAUGAUGGAGCAAGCAAACUUACCAUAUGUCGUGUUGCACCCUUCCAGCAGAAUAUGACCAUUGGAAGAGGAUCAUCCGCGAGUGAUAUGUUUGGGCCGUGUGCACUAAGGUCUAAGUAAUCAAUAUUACCACCAAGCCCAUUUGCAUAUGUGUAGAGGUAGAAAUAUAUAACAACCCAAAUCAUAUGAGUAGAAAAAAAUAUGA